CACUACCCAUAAUUCAACUUUCAAAAUGGUACAUGAGCGGAAUGCAGUUAUUGAAACGUCAAGUUUACAUGAAUAUUUAGAAAUUUAAAACAAUUGCAUGAUAGCAUACGUGUCAUUUCAGAUAUAUUUUCAAAUAAUAGAUCGAAUGGUGUAAGCACCAGCCUCAAAGAUGUCCGGUUUCCACGCAAUGCAGCUAGACAAUGCACCCGAGUCAUCGAAUCGUCACGAGAAAAGCUUAGGGUUACUGACAACUAAGUUUGUGUCACUCUUGCAAGAGGCAGAAGACGGCGUGCUCGACUUGAAAGUUGCAGCAGAUCAACUAGCUGUUCGACAAAAGCGGCGAAUAUAUGAUAUUACAAAUGUGCUGGAAGGAAUCGGUCUGAUAGAAAAGAAAUCCAAAAACAGCAUACAAUGGAAAGGUGCAGGUCCAGGUUGCAACACGGCCGAGCUGUCAGACAAGCUGUACUCCAUACAGGACGAGCUGGAUGACCUCGCAAGACGGGAGGCUGAGCUGGACCAGCACAAGAACUGGGUCCAACAGAGCAUCAAGAACAUUACAGACGAGGCUGAGAAUACACGGUUAGCCUAUGUGACGCAUGAAGAUAUAUGUCAGCAAUUUAAAGGGGACACAUUACUGGCCAUCCAGGCCCCCUCAGGGACACACCUAGAAGUGCCUGUACCAGAGUCAGGUCCAGGCUUCCGCAAGAGUUAUCAGAUCCUGUUGAAGAGCAACUCUGGUCCCAUCAACGUGCUGCUGGUAAACAAGGAGUCUGAGGACCAGUCCCCGGACGUGUUCCAGGUGCCCCCCCAGGACGAAAACCUUGCCAGGCAGGCCAUCGCCGCUGCGCAGGCUGACCAGAACUUUAACCCACACCAGACUGCACCUGCGAAACAUACCAAGAACACUCGUUCUCCAGUGAAGUCUCCACUGCGGCCGUCACAACCGACAGCCGUGCCCAGUGAGCGAAUGUCUACUCGUUCAUCACCGCGGAAACAGGCCCCCUCAGCCCCACCACCCUCCACGUCCCUGGGUCUGCCCACUGGCAUGGAGACAGGGCUGCCUAGUGACAUGCUCUUCCAGAAAACUGAUCUCGGUGGGUUCAGCUACUGUGAUGGAGUUGAUGAAAGUGACUUGAUAGAGGAGCUCAUGACAUCAGAAGCUUUUGCUCCACUGUUACGCCUCAGUCCACCACCAUCAGACCGGGACUACUAUUUCAACCUGGAUGACACAGAGGGACCUUGUGACCUGUUUGAUGUGCCGCUACUUACCAUGUGAUGAACGCUUUCCUUUAGGCAGCAUUUGUGGGUGAGGCAGAGGAAUGGCUCUGAACUAUUUAAAGAGGUUUCAUUCGGUGGCUUCCAAGAACAUUGAAUACUUGUGUAGUGAUGUCAAAGUGAGGUUUUCAUAUUUGUUACUAGUAGACUGCCAUAAUAUGAUAUGUGUAUAUACCAGCAUUUAAGUCGAUGUUGUGAAUGACAUUAUUACAAUUGUGCUACUUGUUUGUUGAAAGGCCUCUGUAGAAUAUAAAGUAAAUUAUAAUACAAUUAUUUAAUACAAUAAUAUAAUUUUAUUGUAGACAAAAAUAUAAUUUUUAACGACUAAGUUACUAUGUUAAGGUAAAAAAAAAAGGCACACAAACUUAAAUGUGGACUUUCUUCAGUCCCCACAUGACUGUCUCCAGCACGAUGACAUUGGCAGCUUUGAAUUUGGUAGACAAUUCUGUUGUGCAAACAUAAUUUGAGUAUCAUUUAAUGAUCAUUUUAAGAGAAUAUUCAUUGUUUUAGAAUCACCAGUUUUGCAUAUUUCAUUAUCUUUGGACAUUUUGUUUGUCUAAUUGUUUAAUAUCAUGAUCACGUUAAGAGAAUAUUGAUUGUUUUAGAAUCACCAGUUUUGCAUAUUUCAAUAUUAUUUACAUUUUGUUUGGCUUCUUGUUGCAUAUCAUGAUCACAAUAUCAAUGCAUAUGUCUUGUGUGUCAAUGCCAUGUCAACCACCGUGUGGUUUGUUCAUACAGUAUUGAGAUAUGUCCAUCAUUUAGGUUUUCAAAUUGCCAUAUUUUAUACAUUGUGUGUUACAAAUCCUGUGAUGUCAGUUUUAAAAAAAUGUUACGCAUUUGUUACUGUAUUUUGUUAAUUUGUUUUGGGACCACUGUUUAAUUGGAGCUUCAACUACUUGCGUCCUGAAUACGAUUGUAUAUAAGCCUCGUUCUGGGAUAGUGCAUGUGUGCAAAGUGUUGCCCCAGACCAGCCUAAUGUUGCCAAAUGCAAAUCAGGGACAACACUUUCCGCUUUUAUGAAAUUUUUGUUUUAAGAAAGGCUUUUCUAAACAAAAAUCCAGUCCAAGUAGAAAGUGUUUUCUCUGAUUAGCCUGUACAGGCUUAUCCGGGACGACACUCUCCACACAUGCAUUUAGGCCAGUUUUCGCAUAGCAUGAUCCAUGUGAAGAUGACAAUUGUUCAUGAUUAACAAACACCCUGUUAUUAUGUAAAAUAUAGUAGAUUAUUUAUACUAGCAAUUUUAGUUCAAGGAGGUUUUGUAUGUCUUGUUUUCUUUAAAAUGCAACCAUUUCUGAUGUAGAUACACGUUGACAGAGAGUUUUUUAUACAAACUGAUCAUUGUUGAAAUACCUGUUGACACUUCAACACUGUUAACGUUGACCAUAAUUUUGAAAGCUGCUAAAUAUAUUAUAGACAGAUACAUCUGAUAAUAAUGGUGAUGUUUGCAUGCAUGUAUUUAUUCAGCUCAGAUCUUUAAUUAUGGCAUCACAAUUUAAUGUGUUAAGUCAAGCUAGAAUAUCAUGGUAACACAUCACAUUAAUAGUCAUUCCAUUGAGAAGCAUUUGCCUUUGGUGCCAGCCACAAAAGGCCAGUUCUGUUGCGGGGCAAUUUGAUUUGGUCCUAUGUUAGUGGUAAUAUCAAGGGUCAAGCAUUUGGAUGUCAUAAUGAUAAUUAUCUUAAGCAAAUACAACAGUUUCAUUGUAUAAUUUCAAAAUCUUUCUGUUUCAAGUAAUCAUUGAAUAUGUCAGUUUUGUUUUUUAGCUAGACUAUUAUAUAUGAAAUAUAUAUAGUGGAGCUAUCCUACUCACCCCGGUGUGAACGUCUGCGUUAGGGUGCAAAUGUUAAAGUUUUUGUACUACCCCAAAUAUUUUCUUUGUCCCUGGACAUAUUGCUUUCAUAUUUUGCAUACUUGUUUACCAACAUGACCCCAACCUAUAAACUAUAGCAGACAACUCUAUCAAACAUUUUGUCAUUAUUAUGGCCCCUUUUCCACUUGGAAUAUGCAGCAUAUGUUAAAGUUUGCAGACUCCCCCAACUAUUUUCAAUGUCCCUUGACAUAUUGCUUUCAUAUUUUGCAUACUUGUUUACCAACAUGACCCCAACCUUCAAACAAGAGCAGACAACUCUAUCAAGCAUUUUGUCAUAAUUAUGGCCCCUUUUUCACUUAGAAUAUGCAGCAAAUGUUAACGUUUGUGUACUACCCCAACUAGUUUCAAUGUCCCUUGACAUAUUGCUUUCAUAUUUGCAUACUUGUUAACCAUCAUGACCCCAACCUAUAAACAAGAGCAGACAACUGUAUCAAGCAUUUUGACAUAAUUAUUGCCCCUUUAAUACUUAGAAUAUGCAUAUUAUUGAUAAUUCUAUAUUAAAGUUUGUGUACUACCCCAAAUUAUAUUUCCUAUAUCCUUUGACAUAUUGCUUUUAUAUGUUGCAUACUUGUUUACCAACAUUACCCCAACUUAUAAACAACAGCAUACCACUGUAUCAAGCAUUGUUACAUAAUUAUGGCCCCUUUUACACUUAGAUAAUUGAACAUUUUGCUUAAAUUGCCAUAACUUCUUUAUUUAUGAUCACAUUUUAUUAUUACUUUGACAAAACAACACUUACCUGAAUACCACAAUGGAUUCCACCAAAACAAUACCCCAAGCCUCUACCCAGAACCCCCCCCCCCCCCCCCCCCCUCCCCCGAAAGAACCCCCCCCAACCAACCCAAUUUUUUUUUCCUUUUUUUAUUUUUGAAAGAUCUUCUAAUAAAUGACCCUACCCCACAUUAUACCUCCUCUAAACCCCCCCCCCCCCAAAAAAAAAUUUCCUUUUUUUAUUUUUGAAAGAUCACUAAUAAAUUAUUGAAUAUGAACAAUUUACCCAUGAUGACUUACGUUAUAAUGUCAAGCACACAAAUAGUCGAGCGCGCUGUCCUCUGAAAGCUCUUGUUUAUUUAUCAACUAAAAGGCAAAGAAUGCUUUCAUGUUUUAUCAGAGCUAUUUAAUUCACAGCAGAGAGUUUACAUGGAAAUUUUGAAAUUCUUAGAACUUAAUAUCCCCUUGUUUACAAAAGUGAAUACUGAAACAUCUCUGUAAACAGCCCUGCAAAAACUGUGCCUAUGCGAUUGUGUUCAAAGCCAGAUAGCAUCUGGUUGUAUAACUGCCCUUAUUUAUCAAAUUUCUUCACUGGUGCCUGUUCUAUACAGGGUGAUUGUGUAGCACUUGUAGCAGAUCAUUAUUUUGCAGUGAGUGCUAAAUAUGAGGCUCUUUCCCAGAAAACUGGGAUUAAUGCAGGUGUGUAAAGUUUCAUCCAGAUUAGUCUCUGCAGUCCACACUUUCUGCUUUUUUGGAAUUUUUCGUUUAAAGGAUGUCUCUUCUAAACAAAAAACCAGUGUUGGUGGAAAGUGUUGUCCCUGAUAUAGGCACAUGCAUUUAACCAAGUUUGUCCAGGACGUGGCUCAUACAGGUAUGUUAAAUUGAUCAUUAAUAUUGAAAUAAUAAUAAUCACCACCAGUGCAUGGAAAUUAUCCCUUGUAUUGUUAUGUUGGUUGUGUACUCAACACAACCAUCUAUAAUUACUUGAUUCACAUUAUUUAAGUUCAUGAUAGGAUAGUGAAAGUCCUUAGCUAGAACUGUAGCAUGUAGAACUUGUUUUUCUCUGUUGACUGAAUGUUGUUACUAGCUGUGUUAACUCUAUAUCCAACUUAGAAGAGAUUUGUCUUGGACAAAACCAAGAAAGCUAUAACAA